AUAAGAGAGAAUACACAUCUAGAGACAUUAAAAGCAAGAGGAGAUUUAGCUCUAGGAAUAGAAGUUAUAAUAGAUAUGCACAGCUGACAAAAUAUUGUCUGCACUGACAUGUCUCAAAAGGACUUUGUUAGCAUUUCGCUAAACUAACAGCAACACUGUGUCUGAUCUUUUCUCUCUGCAGCAACUGAUGCGAUCUUCAGUUUUCCACAUGUUCAUUCUCAGUAUGGUGGCCGUUGACGUGAUUGUAGCUGCUAGCAAUUACCACAGGGGUGAAGACCAUAAACUCACCAAUGACGAGUUCUACCUGGCUGAGGUUGCCUUCACUGUGCUGUUUGAUUUGGAAGCCCUGCUUAAAAUCUGGUGUUUGGGCUUCACUGGCUACAUUAGUUCCUCUCUACACAAGUUUGAGUCUCUGCUUGUAGUGGGCACCACUCUGCAUAUCUACCCUGAUCUCUACCACUCGCAGUUCACCUACUUCCAGGUUUUGCGAGUGGUCCGUCUAAUAAAGAUUUCUCCGGCAUUGGAAGACUUUGUGUAUAAGAUUUUUGGUCCAGGGAAAAAACUCGGCAGUCUAGUGGUUUUCACUGCCAGUCUGCUCAUUGUGAUGUCUGCCAUCAGUCUGCAGAUGUUCUGCUUUGUGGAGGACUUGGAUCGUUUCACCACAUUUCCACGGGCAUUUAUGUCCAUGUUUCAGAUUCUUACACAGGAGGGAUGGGUGGAUGUCAUGGACCAAACUCUGGUGGCAGUGGGACAGAUGUGGGCUCCAGUGGUGGCCAUAUACUUCAUUCUCUACCACCUGUUUGCUACACUGAUCCUCCUGAGUCUUUUUGUGGCUGUCAUUUUGGACAAUCUUGAGUUGGAUGAAGACUUGAAGAAGUUAAAACAGGCUGUCAAGCUCCAGGCAUCUUCGCAUGCCCAGAUCAGUUAUCCCUCAGACACAGCUGACUGA